CGACACACACUCUCCGGUAGCACAACAAUACAAGCUCUCGCCGCUCCCCCUCCUUACGCCUCGCUCUCGGUAUGGCGGACGGCGAGCGGUCCCCCUUGCUCUCGGAUCUCGGUGAUGGAGCUCUCGGCAGUGGUAACGGCGGGGUGUCUCCGGGAGCAGCUCCACACGGUGCUCCGAACAAACCGCAGAGUUUUCCUCCAUUUCCUAACUCUACUCAGCCACCCGUGUUGUUGGGUGAGAACCCUCCACCAUAUUCCCCCCUGACGUCUCCAGAGAGUGGCAGUGCCCCAGUCAUCAGCUGUAGGGUGUGCCAGUCGCUUAUCAGCGUAGAGGGCAAAAUCCACCAACAUGUGGUCAAGUGUGGAGUCUGCAAUGAAGCUACACCCAUAAAGAAUGCCCCUGCAGGGAAGAAAUAUGUGCGGUGUCCUUGUAACUGUCUUCUCAUCUGCAAGGUCACAUCCCAAAGGAUCGCCUGCCCUCGGCCUUAUUGUAAGAGGAUCAUAAAUUUGGGGCCAGUCCAUCCAGGCCCAGCCAGUCCGGAACCACAACCUGCUGGAGCUAGAGUUUCCUGCGGACACUGCAGCAACACUUUCCUGUGGACCGAGUUUACUGACAGGACACUGGCUCGAUGCCCCCAUUGCAGAAAAGUAUCUUCGAUUGGCCAGAGAUAUCCGAGGAGGCGGAGUCUGUGGUGUUACCUGCUGUGCUUGCUGUUUAGCAUCUCAGCUGCUGGUCUGAUUGCAGGGACGUGGUCCCAGGCGCGUGUGUAUGGAGGCAUUUAUGCCUCCUGGGCAGCGGCGUUGUUGCUGGUGGUGUUGACGCUGGCCAGGGCACUUUACUGGAGCUGCAUGAGGGUCAGCCAACCUCUCCACAACCUCACAUAGAGAGAGAAAGACAGCAAGAGAGGGGGCUGUGAUUAGGGGUGGUGGGGAAAAAAAAAGUCCACAGGAAAAGAGCUAGAGAGAAUCAUGGUUAACUCUUAAAGCUUGAUUGUGAUGGCUGUAAUGAAGGGUCAAAGUAAAAUCCAGGCUUGAGAAACACAUGAAAAAAAUGCUACAAUGGCAAAGAAGAUUAGUGUUUUAAAGUAAUUUUAUUCAGAAGCUUUCUCUGGAUGUGUUUUCAUCCGUGAAUAUGAACUGACUUGUUACUCAUGGUUACGUGCAAACGUGCAGUUAUGAUUCCAAAUGCUCCUUCAGUUUUAACCCAUUACACACAUAUAAAGAAUGUCUCAUACACAACUCUCUAGGUACAUCUUAAAAUAACUACACUACAAUACACCAACGACACCAAUUCAAAGAUUGAACACAACAUUAUCUGCCUCUCUAGUGUCCAAAUAAGCUCUGAAGCCUUAUAAAGAGAGAGAGUACAGGUUCAUCUCCACUAGAGGGUGUUCCAAAACCACAUAAACUGCUAUGUUCUGUCAAAUUGCCUGUAUCUGUACAAACACUGCUAAUCCAAAUCAUUUGGGAGACAUGAUUAACAAAUGUGCAGAACAUUUCUGUAAUUGAUUUUUCAUAGACACUUAAAGUGUAAAUGCGCUCAAACACAUCUCUUUAUCUUUAGUUGUGAAUGUUAAAAACAGUAUUUUUUUAUAUUUGUGAAUUUUGUUUGUAAAUAUUUGUUGUUUAUUUCAUGAAUGACUGAACAGUUGCACUGUAGCUCUAACACGCUGUGAUUCCUUUAUGUUUUUAUUUAAUUUGCAAAAUCACUUCUGAAAAAAAAAUCACUACUGAUAAUGUUUUGACUGGAACAAAUAUCAAGAUAACCGAUGUACAGCCACACACACACACAAACACACACACGCACACCUUUGGGAAGCAGAAAAAAGUCAUAUGUUCUGUUGAAGGUCAGCUGUGUUUUAUGGACUUUGUUCUCAAAAGGGUCGUUUACCUUUCUUCUCAUGUUCAUGUGAAGUUAAUCGUCAUUUUCAGGUACUGUAAGUUUGAUUAUGUUUCAGCCCUGAUUAAAUGAUUCUAAUGAGAUUAAUCAGCCACUAGAUUUGGAUUCUAGACUCCAAGAUUGUUUUUUCCUCUUUGUCAGAAUUCAGAGUCUGGGUAAGAACACGAUUGAGAUGUUCAGAGCAUUGAAUUCUUGUUGCUGAUCACCAAUUUUCUUGCAUUAUAUUCCUCAUAAAUAUGCUAAAUACAUAAAAAUAUGGUCCUAACUGCCGAUUUCGAAUUCAGAAUCUGUAUUUUGUCCAUGAGAGGAAAAUGUGAGGUCUGGAUAUCUGGAAUCCCAAACAAGAGGUCGGGAUGUUAUUUAUAAAGAGCAGAAGGCCAAUGAUGGAGGUGGUCUCUGAAUUUGUUUACACAUGAGAUUAAGAUUACACAUGAUUAAAAAGAUGAAGUUAUAAAACAGUGAA